UUCGUGGCAUCCUUACAAUAACAGCAUCACUAACUCUCGCUCUAUCAAUGCAUCCAUCAUCUAUUCGACAAAGUUCCAUCCAGCCAAUAUUCGACUAACACUCAUCCAUGAGGCAUCGCUGAAAAAAACACAAUCGUAGUACGUAAUCGUCAGUUGUUAACUUUCGAGUGGACCAAAAAAGCUUCAUCCCUCAGUGCUGGCCUGAUCAGUGGUAGUUCUACAAUAGUCGGCCAAACCAUCAGCCAAUCCGUCAGAACCCAUUAAAUUGACUCCGACUGGAUGGCUGAGAUACAAAAAAGCCUGAACCUAUUUGGCCAUCUUUUGGAUCAUUUGAAAUCUCUAUUGGCUUUGUCAUUUGGAUCACCACAACGCUAAAAAAUUAGUUCAGUCGGUCGUAAGUUUGAUAAUGAAAGAAGGCACCCGAACAGAAAUGAGUAAAUGUUUCCUCUUAACUUGUUCAGAUAUCAUGUCCAAAAGUGACGAGAAAACGGUGGCCUCUUCUGUCGUCCAAGGAGCCAAGCGGCGAAAGCAACUACGAACAAGUCGGGUCACACCAACACAACCUCCGGAGCAUGAACAUCAAGACGACAAAGGCUCGGAUGCUCUCGAAGCAAAAAGUCCCGUCUCUGCAGCAAUUCCAGAGCUUGUCGAUCCCAGACUGGAUGAGAUGAAAGACCAGGAGAGUUGGAAAGAGACACGAGAAGAUGAGAUGGGUGAGGUUGAUCUUGACCUAGACGAAACCAAAGACGACGACGACGACGAAGAAAAUGGGGAGACUGUCCUUGAGGAGCGAGUCCUCUUGGAUGAAGACUUGCCUCCAAUCCCCAAAGCCAUCAUAACAGCCACCACCGUAAUCACCACCAGCCACGACCACACUUACAAAUGCCCACGUUGUCUUCAAAUCUUAGACACACAAAAAGAAUUCACGGCCCACAUUCGGGCUCACAACGAAGUCAAACCUCAUCCAGACCCAAAUGAUCCAACAGGACAGGCCAAAGUGUACUAUUGUAGCCUUUGUUGCAAAAUGUUGUCAUCCUUCAGCUCCUUGGAUCGUCACAUGUUAGUCCAUUCUGGUGAAAGGCCUUUUUCUUGUGAAUUGUGCGGACAGACCUUUACCACCAAUGGAAACAUGCAUCGCCACAAGCGCACUCACACCGCGAAGGAACUUCAAGAGUACGGUGAAGCCAUGGGGGGACUGAUCAUGUCCACCGGGCGAAGAGGUGGAGGCAGAAAGCGCAAGGCACCGCCCGCAUCCCCUGGAGGUGAUGGCGGCCUAUCUCCUACUAAGAAAAGUGGGAAGACUCCAGAGAUUUCCAAAAUGGAGCCUUUGGUCAACUUGCCCAAUCACUUGACCCCCACGAGUUCGGGAAUGAUACAAUCGGAUCCGACGAAAUCUCCCAUUUGUCCCCUCUGCCAAGAAUCAUUUGCUUCUGAAGUUCAUCUGGAAUCUCACAUCUUAGCCCAUCACAAAACCAAUCCGAACAAGUGUGAUGAAUGUGGUUUCGUUUGUGACUAUCCAAACAUGCUUCAAGUACACAAAUUUUUUCAUCGCAAUCCUUUUACACUUCCACCUAGUUCAAUUAGCUCCGCUAUCGCCCCACUUUGCCUUCCCACUGCACCGCCUACUUCUCUCUCUGCGUUUGUUCCACCAAGUAGUUUGAUGAAUCAUUCCACCGCUUUUUUGACCCAAGAGUUUCCUCGCUUGGCCGAAGCAUUCCUGGCCAAUGAGGAUCCCCGACAUGGCAAACCUGUCAGUGCCUUCUCAGAUAAGCAACCCAUUGUCACCCCUAAUAAAUAUUGUGAUACAAACGCCCCCCCUUGUGCCUUAUAUCAAUCCCAUGGCUCACCUGGUCCCAAAUUGAAUCUGGGGGACAAUCAGGAAUCGCAUCAAACAAGCACCUCGUCAAACCGAUCUAAGUCCAGCGAGCGGCAUGAGAAUUCCAAUUCUGACUUUGGUGCCGAGGGCAAUGACACCUCGUCUGAGAACGGCGAACUCAUUGGAGCGCACGAUGACCAUGAUCCAAUUAUCAAGGAUAUGAAGCUGAAAGGAGAAUUCCCAUGUCGUCUUUGUCCCGCCGUCUAUCCGAACCUUCGGGCUUUAAAGGGCCACAACAAAGAGCAUCUCAAUAAGGCCCCAUACUUGUGCAAUGUAGGGGCGUGUACCUACUCCAGUGGAGAUAAAAGCACUCUCACCAGGCACAUGAGGACACACACAGGAGAAAAACCGUACGAGUGCAAGCUUUGCAAUUAUGGUUUCACCACCAAGGCUAACUGUGAGCGCCAUUUGAAGAACAAGCACGGCAAGACCAACAGAGAAGAUAUCCGAGAGUGCCUUAUUCUUCAUGAAACGGACGAUGCAGAACAUUCUAAUCCCAAAAUGCAACAAAUGGACGAUCAUGGGAACUUUCGUUGCAAAGUAUGCAAACAGCAUUUCUUUACAAGUGAAAAGGUCAUUGCUCAUGCCAUGAGAGAGCACCCUGCUUAUGCUGAUAAGGCUGAUCACAUAUUCGAAGAGUUGCGAACAAAUCGGUCGUGUGAACCCAAAGAGAAGAUUGGAGAUUUAGGAGGGCCUUCUAUGGUUCCUAGAACAAGCCACUACCACUCCUUGAGUCAACUGCGACCACUCCUCCCAUCUCAAUUAAAAGACAAAGGUGGAAAACUGAGCGGAGAGAAAACCAAUGUGGACGAGGAAGAUACACCACUCGAUUUAAGUAGACCUACCAAAACGGACCAAUUCGGAGUUACGAGCUUGCCCCCCAACCCGGUGACUACGACAACAGUGUCUGGAUCGGCACCUCAGCUUUCACUACCGGCUUUAGAUGCCCUGAAUCCCACUACGGCUCUCACAAUGAGACUGUUUUCCCCUUUAAUGAUCCCCGGGGUUCCAUUGAUGCAAGGCCCAGGGCCUACUUCAUGUGCCAUCCCAACAACAUCUACCUUAGCAACUACUGCAACUCCUAUUGCAAACCCUAUGUCUUUCCCUUUGGCCCAAUUCAUGCCAUCGAUGGCAUCAGCCCUGAAUUUUUUCAGUUCCUCGCAUUUGGAGUCUUUACAAGCUGAGAUGAAGCAGCGUCUUCAAGUACCAAGCCAUGGGAGCCAACAUCAGACCAUCUUAGCAGCGGCUACGGCGGCGGCAGCAGUAGCAGCGGCUGCAGCUGCAACCACUUCAAGUGGAACUUCGGCUCCGUCACAAGCUCCUAUUGGACCAAAGGAUGUGUGUGCCUUCUUGCCAGGCUCGCCUCAAAGCGACCAGCUCUUGAGAAAGCCUCAAGGCGGCGAGAAGGGCAAAGACCCUGGCAAGGAUGGAACCAGGCCGAGCAUCUCAACAACCAAUGGCGUUGGACCUAGCAGAGAUGAGGAGAAAUCUGAAAAUAGCAUCCCGGAAAAGAAAAAACGACAAGCCAAAGGGACCAAACGAGAAUCUAAGUCUGAUGGAGACAUAAACGAUUUGGAUCAAAGUUCAGAUUCCGAGUCGAAUUAUAAGAUGGUGAUUAAAGAUGGCGUGUUGAUGAAAAAACAAAAGCAACGACGUUAUAGAACUGAGAGACCCUAUGGGUGUGACCAUUGUAAUGCCCGAUUCACUCUCCGAUCAAAUAUGGAGAGACACAUCAAGCAACAACACCCCGAUUUUUGGUCAUCGAAACCCAGAGGUUCUCGGCGGAGCACCUCGUCGUCUACUCCAUCCUUGGCGGCCCAUCUACAAGAAAAGAGUAUGGACCAAGAUGAGAGCAAAGAUAAUCGAUCAGAUACAUCGGAUCCGAGGGAGGUUAUUGAAGUAGACUCGGAAGGCGGUGAGAACGAAAAAGAAGUGUCAAACGAUGCGGCCACGUUGGUCGUGGACGGAAAAGCCGACACAAAAACUGAGGACGAGUUAGUGAGUGUUUCCACACUCCUAAAUUCUACGUCCAAUCAUCAUCUGGAAGCCAUUCUGGAUUCCAACGGGGUGGAUGGGGACGAUGAGGAAGAGGAGUGUCAAGGUGAAGAUGAGGACAUGCACGACGAUGAAGAUUCAUGCAAUGGAGACGACUCAUCGUCCACCGCUUCUGAGCGGAGAAAGAGUGCCUAUUCAGCAGCCCCACACAAGAUUCAAUGCCCAAAGUGUCCCCGAAAGUUUCCUUGGAUUUCCUCAUUAAACCGUCACCUUCUCACGCAUUCUGGGGACAAACCAUACAAAUGUCGAAGCUGCUUCUUGCUCUUUACCACCAAAUCCAACUGCGACCGACAUCAGCUACGAAAGCAUGGCAACAAUAACAACGACCAGGCCUUUUCCAUGCGAAAUGUCUCAGAGAGACCUUUUAAGUGUGAGCUCUGUCCCAGUUCGAGUUUUUCCACAGAGGAUAAUCUCCAGCUUCAUCGUGAUAGUAAGCACUCGAAACAGGAAAUGGCGAACGGCCAAGUGACCGACGUUGGACACGAGAGCGAAGGUGGUGAGCCUGAGGACGACUACGAUGACGACGACCAGGACCAGGACCAGUCAGGGCAACAGCAGAAGCAGCCGCCACAACAACAACAACAGCAACAUCGCAACCAGGAGUUUUCCUCCUUGAGUCUCUCCAGGGAUACGUUGGAAGUCGUUGUUCCCUUGAAGAAUUGCGGUGGAACGACGAAAGCGGAAAUUACAAGCUCGCCUACCAGCAAUGGCCACCACAAUCAUCUUCUACAUCAUCAUCAUCAUCAUCAUCACCGACAACAACCGAGCGAACUCAAGGGAAGGAAAAAGAAAAAAAGUCUCAUGGAUACCAUUGCCAAGUUGUCCUCAGCUGUGGAAAAGCAAGGUGGAGAAGAUAUUUUAUAAAUUCAAUCCAUAAUGGCACAAAGUGAACAAACGAGAUGUUACUCCAAGACAAUCAAUACUUCAAGUUUCAAUGAAUCUACUCAAACUUGAAAAAUUCUGACUCUUUCAUCAGUCAAUCAUCCAAUUUGAAUGUGAAUUUUCUCUUUAAAAACACUUAGACAGGUGUUCCUUUGCUUUGGGCUUGCUUAGGCUCUUUUUUCUCUCCUCUCUCUUGGUUGCCAUUGGAUUGGUUUUAUGAAAGACACCAUCACUUAUCGUAUCGACGAAAACCUAAUGGCCUCGUUCAAGUGUGCAUGGUCUUCAUAUACAUUCAUGUGCUUUUCCCUCGAAUAUAUGUGCCAUAUCAUCUUUAAAAAAUCUUUCUCUCUGACUUUUUGCAUAUGUACUACAGAAAUCAUCCCAGGUAAUCGAGCCAUUUUCUAAGAUAAAGCGAGCUUUUCAAGGCAAAGAAUCGUGUUAUAUCUUGGAAUGAAUAACAGGGUUCUGUUUUGAUGCGCACAUUUUCGCACUGUGGUCCAGUUUCUUGUAUCCAGUGAUAAUUCAUAAUUGAUCGUAGACAAAUCAGUAUUGUACAGUUUCGAGCACCCAUAGAGUCACAUUAUAUUGUACCACCACCACUAUCAUUAUCAUCAUUCUCCAUCACAUUCGUAAUAAAAACAAAGCUCAUCAAA